AUGGACACACCUGGGAAGCUGGAGGGGACGAUACGUGACACAGGGAUGAGACAGUUCCCAAAUCACACCUGGUUGUCCCAGUGCUGGUGUCAGCAGGAGCAGAAGGAGAAGCCUCUUCCAGCAAGGGAGCAGUGGCAGAAAACCAGCCUGGAGGAGCUGUCAGCCAACCUGGGGGGGAUCCAUGGUUUGGCUGACCCCCCCAACCCCCUCAUCUCUCCUGUCUCCCCAGGUGUGCUGCUCGCUGCAUGUCACGCACUGGAGAACACGACGGCAGCUCGGGGCGCUCCGGCCCCGCCGGUGGCGGCGGCUCUGAGGUCCCACUUCAACGACUGCCCCGACUCCCACCGGCAGUUCUGCUUCCACGGGACCUGCCGCUUCCUGGUGCAGGAGGACAAGCCAGCGUGUGUGUGCCACCUGGGCUACGUGGGGACGCGCUGUGAGCACGCGGACCUGCUGGCCGUGGUGGCCGCCAACCAGAAGAAACAAACCAUCACUGCCCUGGUGCUGGGCUUGGUGGUGGCCUCGGCGCUGCUCGUCGGCCUCUGCCUCCUCAUCCA